AUGUUACACAGAUACCAGUUUCUUGCUUUCGACUUUGGAGAACAAGUAGAUAUUUCUAAGGAAAACUGUCGCUUACUUCUUAUUAGAUUGAAAAUGGAAGGAUGGAUGAUUAGUCGAUCGAAAGUAUUUUUAAAAUAUUACAACGAAGAGUAUCUAUCAAGAUUGUAUGAAACUCAAGUUCGAAAAAUAAUUAAAAUUCAAAGUAUGCUGAGAGCUUUUCUAGCUUGCAAAAAACUCAACAAAGCAGCGCAGAAAAAAAAAAUAAAUGAGACCAACGAGGAUUAUCGACGUGGAUUAUCUGCAAGAUCAUCAACGACGGACGGAUGGUUGUCUCAAGAACGAGCUAAAACGACGGAUUUAUUGGAACUCGAAGUGAGCAAUCGACGCAUGGGUGAAGGCGGAAAACUGGCUGUCGAACGCGCCAAUACUGCAGCCAAUAAAUCAUUCAAACGUCGAUAUUGGGAAAUUGGACUUGCGGCGCCAUCUCUAGAGUUAAAAGUGAUCGCUAAUCGACGUGUACAAUUGACAAGAGGUCAGCAAGUGUCCUCACCAAGGAGUUUACUGUCCAAACUAGUCGACGUGGAAGCCGAGUACGACUUGGUGCGGCCAAUCGACGGGCAACGUAGAUUUACGUCUUCGACCAGGUCUGGGCGGAUUAUUGACCCUCAUUUGAGCACAAUAUUGUCGGGCCGCCAGGGCUCUACAAAAGGUUCCCAGUCAUUAGGGAGUUGGGAAAUUUCCUUGCCAGACUCAGGUAUCCAGGUAUCCAGCAUGGUCGGAAAGAGCGAGCACGUGGCCAACGCUUCGAGCCGAAGUAUACCUGAAGAGCAGCCGAUUGACGUCAUCAGCAUUCUCAACUGUGGGACCCUAGUGCAGUAG